AGCCGAGGGAACGGAGAGAAAGCAGAGCGUAGGAGGAGACUGAGAGGGACAAAGGUAGCAUACAUGAGCUAACAGCGCACCUGCCGAGCUCCAGUUACCUCAAAACAAGGAAACGAAGAGAGAGGGAAGCAGCGAGUAAACAGUAGCGGUCUGUCUCUCACAACAUGCAGCCAUGGGAAACGGGAUGACCAAAGCCCUGGAUAAGUGGGGUUUAAAUCCAAGAAAACUCAGUCUGAAGCGGACAUCAAAGAAAGCUCCAUCUACACGUGCACCUGCUCCAUCCCAUCAGAAUGCAGAUGUGCAUAUAUACGACCCUGUGGCAGCUGAUCCUGAGUAUGCUACAGUGAAUAAGAAAAAGAAGACAGAAACAGAUGGCUUACACUACGCCGAGAUCCAGGUACUGCAGUCUGAACAAGCAGCUGAGCCAGACAGGCAGAGGGCGGCUCCGGUCAAUAACUCUACCUCAGAAUAUGCGACCAUAGACUUUCUGAAAAGUGGUUUUAAGACACAGUCGCCAGCCAAACCUGCAGAUAUACUAAUUCCUCCUGGAGAGCUCCUGAGACCGAUAUCUAAGUCGAGGUCUACCCACAAGAAGAGCACUUCUUCACACCGGGCUGUGAUGGUGUGACUGGAACAUGUUUUAAAGAUUUUAUAACCUGUAUGCAUUUUUUUAAUGUUUAAAUUUUUUUACGUUUUUGAAAAUCAGCAAUAUAUUAAUGUCAAAUCCUCAUUAAAUUGUAAUUUACAUGAUUUGUCAUUCCUUUUAACUCAGAAUAGCAUUUGGCUGCCUAAAAAUAAAGGUUGCAACAUGUGAAUCAUUAGAGCAGUGUUUCCCAAUCUUAUUCCUGGGUAUUAGGGCACCCUGCACAUUUUAGUGCUUGUCCUGCUUUAACACCCACUGUACUGCUCCUCUGAAAUCACGUGUGGUGGGAGAAGGGAAAGCAAUAGAUGUGCAGGGCAGGGGGGCCCCAGGACCAGCUUUAGGUAAAACUGCAUUAGAGUAACGCCAUAGCUACCCUUCAGCAAACCUUCACUAAUCGAUCCCACUUUUUCUUUUUUUGGUCAUUUCAUUUCAUACAAUUGUCAGAUGAUAUUAAAUCAUCCACUAUUUCUGCUGUGUCUCACUUUGUGCAAUGUUUACAAUAAAUAAAAGCAUUUGAUGUCUA